AUGAUGAGCUGCAGCAGUCUGGCAAGGUUAGAGGAAUUCUCAGAGGAGGAGCUGGAGCUGAGCAUGCUGGGUCAGGGGGAGGAUGUUGAGGCGAGCGACGGCAGCCCCAAGGGCCCCAGCGAGGGCUCGGCCAGCAGCCCCCCCAGCGAUGACACUGAGGGGGACCAGUCCAAGAAGCGUAGCCGCCCGGUCCGCUCCAAGGCUCGCCGUGUGGCCGCCAACGUACGUGAACGCAAACGCAUCCUGGACUACAACCAGGCCUUCAACGCUCUGCGUGUGGCACUCAACCACAACCUCAGCGGCAAGCGGCUCUCCAAGAUUUCCACCCUGCAGAGGGCCAUCAACCGCAUCUCAGCCCUGUCUGUCUUCCUCAGCUCCAACCCCCCCAGUAAGCCUUGCUGCCACCGGGAGUGCCACAGGCCAGCUGGGAGGUCAUUGGAGGUGGGAAUGGUGGGGACGUCACGGCUGGACCCGCCCAGGGUGACAGUUGCUCAUCGCCUGGAGUCCCAGAACUACGUCUCCUGUAACCACGCAUCACUCCCCCAUCAGAUCCAGCCCCAGCAGGGAACCCACCCUCAACCUCACAGGCUGCCAACAGAGACACACCUCUACAUUGACAGCUUGGGCUCCUCAUGCCCCCCCUCGCCACACUACCCCUGUUAUCCUGCCAAGGGCCAGUUGUACCCCUCACGCGGACACUGUGUGACAGGGAACCCCUUGGAGCAGCCGCCAAGCCCUAUUAGGUACACACAGGUGGGCGAAGGGCUGGGGUACCAGACGAGGGGGUGGGCCUCCUGCGCCCAGGGCUACAUUGAUGCCUUUAUGGAGUCGUCUCCAGCCCUGGGCCUCCCCUGGCAGGUGAGCCACAUCCAGGAGACAGCAGGCCCCCAGCACAGCCUGCCCCUGCUCUGA